AUGCAACUCCAGACUAACUCCAACGCGGCGCUAUGCAGAACCUUCCCGUCAACAUUCUCCGGAAUAUGCCUCGAUUGGUACAACCGCCUCCCAAAUGGAAUCAUCCGCUCGUUCGAGGAGUUCAUACUCCUGUUCACCACAAAGUUUGCAUCCCAGAAAAGAAGGCCGCUUCACCUCAAGGCGCUGAUAGAUAUCAGGCAGAAGGACGGAGAAAGCUUGCGAGCAUUCUAUGCCAGGUGGUCCAGGGUGGCAAUGGCCGUGAGAGACCUCACCCCAGAAACUGCUGCCCAUCACCUCAUGGACGCCACCACCAACAUGGAGCUCAAACGAGCGCUAGCAAAAAGACCUGUCACGCUGACGACAGAGCUGGAGGUGGGUGUCAUUGCGAGGUUCGCAUGGGUAGCCUACCCCCAAGCCAAUGGCCAAGCGGAGGCGGCCAACAAAGCAAUCCCGCACGGCCUCCAAACGAGACUAGACAAAGCCAAAGGCAAUUGGGCAGACGAGCUCAACACGGUGUUAUGGGUGCACCGCACCACUUUCAAAGUGGCAACGGGCGAAACCCCGUUCGCGCUCACCUACGGCACUGACGCGGUGAUACCCAUCGAGAUAACAUCCCCAACCUAUAGGGUCACGGCGUAUGAUGAGGCGGAUAACGAUGAAGCAUGCCUGCUAGACCUGGAGCUAGCACAAGAGCGACGAGAAUUGGCGACCAUCAAGCUAGCCGCGACAAAAGAGCAAGUAGCCAAGUACUACAACAAGAAGCUAGUCCCGCACAAGCUGAUGCUCAGAGAUCAAGUGCUGCGCAGGAACUUCCGCCCCGACCCCAAACAUGGCAAGCUCGCUUCAACAUGGGAAGGCCCGUACCUAAUCCGAGAGGUUGUCGGCGCCAACACCUUCAAGCUUAGCGAAUUUGGCGGCAUCAAAAUUCCACGAACAUGGAACGCACAGAAUCUCAGGAAAUAUUAUUGCCCAAACUGA